UGCUUUCCCUUUUGUUGGUGUGCUUGUCCACCAGACCAAAUCCUCCGAGCUUAGACCCGUUAGAAACGCGAGACAGUUAUGUUAUGGAUACGAUAGUCAGUUGGGUGAAUGAGUUCCACGGGAGGAAGAGGCAGAAAAAAGAGAGGCGCUGGAUCCACACCAGAAGGAGACACCUGCGAUCAGGUGUCGCUACAUAGGCGGAACUUGGAUUACUUCUCUUACCCGCUACUGGCGUUGUUUGCGUUAUUUCGAUUCCUCGCUGUGCACUGUGUCGUGCUCUUCGCCUGGUUAUGCGAGGGACUUUCUCGAGCUAUGGCUACAAGACCAAAAACACAGGCAAAUCAGCAAGGGAACAACAAGGUGUGCGAGGACAGCGGUGAGCGGAUAAGGAACCACCACAAGCAAGCUUUUGAAUACAUCUCUGUUGCAUUAAGAAUAGACGAGGAUGACAAAGGUAUGUUUUGGCACAAGGCGAAGGCCGUCCAAUGGUACAAACGGGGUAUCACUGAGCUUGAGAGAGGCAUCGCAAUCGAAAUAACGGGAAAUGGGGAGCAAUUUGAGCGCGAUAAACGCCUGCAGGCCAAGAUGACUACAAAUCUCAUUAUGGCAAAAGAUCGCCUGGAGCUUCUUGCAAAGCUUUCAGGGCCAGCUCAGAGAGCCACUUAUACAGAGAGUACAAACCAAUCGUACCAUAAUGGCCAUCUACACUCAGUUAGUGGCACUGUUCCCAAAAAGAGGGACUCCCUGACACACUCCAGUCACUCCCUUCCACGACCAAAGCACACACAGAAACCCUCCUCUUCGGGUGGGUACAGCAGUCACCAGCGAUCUCCCAGCUUUAGCGGGCUGUCCAGCACCCACACACACCAACCUGCCCCCCAGCCCAACAUCAAUAAGGGUAAAGCCAGCAACCGACAAAACUUCAAACCCCCCACAACCACUCUGCAGAAAAAGAAGGACACGAAGAACCUGAAGAAUGUGGACAGCAAGCUCGCUAACCUCAUCCUCAAUGAGAUAGUGGACAGUGGCUCGGUUGUGAAGUUUGAAGAUGUAGCUGGCCAGGAUUUGGCUAAGCAGGCCCUGCAGGAGAUAGUCAUUCUGCCCACACUGAGGCCGGAGUUGUUUACAGGGCUACGGACCCCAGCACGAGGCCUCCUCCUUUUCGGCCCUCCGGGCAAUGGAAAAACCAUGUUGGCGAAGGCAGUGGCCAUGGAAUCCAACGCAACCUUUUUCAACAUAAGUGCCGCCAGCCUGACCUCAAAAUACGUAGGGGAGGGAGAGAAGCUCGUCCGAGCUCUGUUUGCUGUGGCUAGAGAACUGCAGCCCUCUAUAAUCUUUAUUGAUGAAAUUGACAGUCUGCUCUGCGAGAGAAGAGAGGGGGAGCACGAUGCCAGCAGACGACUGAAAACAGAGUUCUUGAUUGAAUUUGAUGGGGUGCAGUCUGGGGGUGACGAAAGGGUGUUGGUGAUGGGUGCUACCAACAGGCCUCAGGAACUGGAUGAGGCUGUUCUCAGGCGAUUCGCAAAACGGGUGUACGUGGCUUUACCGACAAAUGAGACCCGGUUUAAACUUCUAAAGAACCUCCUGGGAAAGCAUGGCAACCCGCUGACUCAGAAAGAACUCUCCCAGUUGGCGAGAAUGACGGAGGGUUACUCUGGCAGUGACCUGACAUCACUAGCUAAGGAUGCCUCCCUCGGCCCCAUUCGAGAGCUGCGACCAGAGCAAGUUCGAAACAUGGCGGCAAACGAGGUGCGGGGCAUCAUCUUCUGUGACUUUGUGGAGUCCUUGAAGAAGAUCAAGCGGAGUGUUGGCCCCCAGUCACUGGACCUGUACGUGCGCUGGAACAAGAACUACGGGGACACCACAGCUGUAUGACACACACCCUCUAACACACACCGACUGACAUACAUACUUUCUUUGGUGAUAAAAAAAACAUGACCUAAAUAUGGUUUGGACAAUUGGACAGUCAUUUUUAUAACUUGAAGCAAUUUUUCACCCAUUUCACACUAAAAAGUUCAUUUUACUGAGACGUUUGUACAUAGCAUAUGUGCAUGACGUCACUGUAGGCCAUACUUCAUGCAUGAUAUAGAAUGGGAUCUGUGCCUUAGGUUUUUUACAAAAAACAGGUGCUUCCCUUUUCUCCUAGUUCCACAGCAAUUCUGUACAGGACUUGAAACUCCACACUGCCUGUUCUGAGACGUAAAAAUACUGUGUUAUUUGAAGCUAUUAAAGUUGACAUUUAAUUUCCUCUGAAUAAACCAGGGGAAACUUAAGUAGCGUAUUUUUCAGAUGUCAAAGCAAUAAUUCAGGGCUUUUGUAAUGCACUCGUGUAUAUAUAUAUAUAUAUAUAUAUAUAUAUAUAUAUAUAAAACUUUAUGCCAGAUUUUUCCUUCCUCCCACUUUUUGAGUAAUACAUUUCUUUCUAUAGUAGUUUUGACUGUAAAUAAUUCUUGCUUCUUAAUGUUAAACAACUACCGUAUUGUAUGAAACUCUAAACGUCCGUUUUAGUUUCUUUGAUUAACAUGCUACCCUUUUUUGUAAUGCUUGCAAUGCUUAUAGUCAUAGAGCACUUGUUUAUGCUAGAACCGGCUCUUAAAACAUCUGAAUGUUACAUUUGGACCUCAUGAUCGAAGACUGUUCAUUAUAGGAGAUGCUGUAGUUCAACUCUGAGCCACAAGAAGGCAUCAAGCUCCGUAUUUGUCAGUGUCACCUAAUAAGGGGAUGAUUCAUCUUUCAAAGCAUUUUACAGACAUUAUGACUUAUGUAUUGGCCUAUCCAUUUUGAGGUCUUAAUUAAUGAUUGUAAGUAGAUUUCAUCUCUGUUUUAUGAAUGCACAACAGCAAUAUUUAAUUCAUGCAUGUCUGCAAAUGAAUCAUCUGUGUUUUAAGUAGAAGAUGAGUGCAGAUACAUUGUCUGUUAAACCAAGUUCCUUGUUUUUCAAAGGAAAGCUUAAAUGAAAAAAGCUGUAUAUCUGACUUAAAAGAAGCGUAUGUGUGCAAGUUUUGAAUUUAAUUAAAUGUUUUUGGUGAGUCA